GCUCUGCCGAGAGAGGUGUGUGUGCGAAACACGUACUGGCAGCAUCAGAGGCAGCGUGAGGAAGAUAUUCUGUCUGAUCUGGACUCAGCUCUUCUCCAGUAUCUCGUCGGGGUUAAGUCGUCUCAGCAGCUCCAGUGGUCAGGGAGGCAACUGAGGGAAGCAGCUGCGGAGGUGCAGGAAACAUCGCAGGCCGAGGCCCAGAGGAGAGCCGCUCAGCACUCCCACUUGGCUCUCAUGCUGCCUCCACAUGUACUACACAUCCUCACGCAGGGUAUAAACUGAGGCUGCCAAAUUGGCAGGAUGAAGAGCAUGAAGGGAAAUUGCAGUCAUGACCUGCGCUGUGGUUCCAUUCAUCGCUCUCCAAAAGAGAGGCGCUCUCGUGCCAGCAUCUCCUGUCUGAUCCUUCAGUUCCAUAGUAAUUAACAUAAUGUCAGUGUUGGGUAUUUUAUUUGGGUUGGCAGCAUGUCUUUGUGCGUCUCUCCCUCUCUGUGUGUAGGUGAUGAGGAGGAGUGGGAUCAGCAGAGCGUCUGGCAGUCGGAGCUCGUGUCUGGGCUCGAUAAGGUGGAUGUGUGUGUGGAGCAGCUGCAGCAAGAACAGGAAAAGUGGACACAGGGAGGAGACUGGGCUACAACUCUGCAUGCUGUGGACAGAGAGCUGAGUCAGAGAGAGCUGUGGGAGCAGUGCUGCUCCAGACAGACGGAGAUGGAGGCCGCUCUCGUCGCUCUGCACUUCGUCAGACACCUCUGUCAGCUGCGUGCUGACACUGCUCAGGUCACGGCAUGGGCAGACCCGCUCAAUAAAUGACACUGAAUUAUAAAUAUAUAUAUAAAGACAUGACAGAGCUUGUUUUGGCUUUACCGUCAUCCCAUCGAGUUUGUUUAGAUCUAAGCUCAACGGUCAGAGCAAAAUUUAAGAGGGCUGUAAAAAUGUUUGUUUUGAUUAUCUCCUGAUUAUCUCUCUUGGUGAUUGUCUAGGCGGUGCUGUGUGGUAACUUCUGGUACAAGGACUAUGGUCUGGUCCAGUGCACCAGGAAGAGGCCGACUAAGGUCAUGGGUUUCCUUCAGCAGAAGGCUCUGCCUCUGCUGGAGAGACUGAACCAGCUGCUGGAAGAAAAACAGUCGGCCAGCCUUUCCCCCAACACCUGCAAUCGUCACGUCUCAGGUUUAUCAGUUAAACCGGCAUACGGGCUGGAGAUAGCCUCCAGAGUCUGGACUGCCUCUGUGCCUGUGGUGAAAGGAAUCUCCACCCAGUCUCUGAGGGAGCCUGUUAAUGUAGCUCAGCCCCAGGACAAUGGUCUGCAGGCCGGCUCGGCACCAACACACAACUCACAAACACACACCGCCUGUUCUGGCGUCCAGUCCCAGGAGAACCAUCCUGUGAAAGAGUCUGCUCAGCCCACACACAUCUCUGUCCCCACAGUCCCAGAGGAGGAGUGGACCAGGCUGCUGGAGCUCUCUCCCCUGUUCCAGCUGCUGAAAGUCGUAGAGCUGCAGCUGAGGGGCCGGGCCUGCGGGGCGGGGCUUCUGAGAGGAGAGCUCAGCGGUAGAUCAGACAGAGGCAACAGUUUCGUCGAUAUCCUUGAUGCUCAGUGGGAAUGUGAGGGAGAGCUGAUCCCUGUGGACCCGUCAGUCCUCAACCCCCGAGAGUUCCUGGUCUACCAACAUGGACUCUUCCUGAUGCAAACAUUACACAGUCUACAACUGACUCCAGCUAUUUCACUUCAGAUAACUGCCAGUCUGCCAAACAACAACUACUUGAACAACGCCUUCAGAAAUUCCUUCUUUUAUCAGGAAGCAGAGGAGAUGCUCUUUGUCCGUCGCCAGCGGCUCCAGUCAGUUGGAGGCUUCUCUCUGCUGCUGCUCCACUGUCUGGCCCAUGUCAAAGUUAAAGACAUGAGCUCCGACUCCAGUCCUGCCUUCCAGAGGCUUUUCUUCAAGGUUCUGCAGGCAUGCCUGGGGGAGCUGUUUAAUGCCAGACUGUGGGGUAUGUGCCCCUCAGGACAGGAAGCCAAUUUGUGUCCGUGGUUUCAAGACCAACAGGCCCCUUCAGGGGACUCCCAUUGGACUCUGUCCAACUUUCACGCUGCCUCCCUCCUUCACAGGCUUCACAAACCAAACCCAGGACUGCUGUCUGAAGAUAGGAGGCACAGGGAGACGUCUCUACUCUCGCAUCUUGAGGGACUUUUGAGAGAGAGGAGCUCAGAGGCCCAAGAAAAAGAGCAGAUUGGAUAAAAAAAACAUGUAGCAAACCCCCACUAACAAAACCCAGUGUUUUUUAGAACUGGUAAACAGGAUGUCAAUCGUAGCUCAAGCACAAAUUACUUUCAGAUGGUAUUGUUGGUUAUUGUAUAACUGUUUGCUAGAUACAUGCAUACGAAUGGUAGAUGCUCAAGGUUAAUGAUAACGUGACUAUGAGGAAUUCUAUAGUUCCUAACUGUUAUACUUUUAAUUAUUUUGGAUUUCACCUUGAAAUUAAGCAUCGAUGUACCCUUGUUUCUCAGCCCAGGAUUUUAAUGAUAUUUCACGUGUCUUUACGUCUUAUAUCAGGUAAUUUCCUAUGAUUUAAAGUAAAUGGACACGUGAAGUAGCCAGUGAACUUUUUGACAUUUCUGAUAUGUCUUUAGCUCUCAUAAUCACAGAUCACAAAUAAGAUCAUGUUGUACUGUUUAUUUAAUAUAUAUAUAUAACAAGAAACAACAAAAGAUAAUCAUUCCAUUAUAUAAAAAAAGGAAACAGUUUUCUCCUUACACAAAUCAUGCAUGUUUCAACACCAAAACAACUGCAUGGAUCUUUCCAGGAUAUCAUCUAAAACAGACACAACACAUAGACAUCUGUUUCUUUUUAGGGGUCCUAUAUGUGGGGGGAAGGGAAAGCAAUGUGAUGAUGAAAGGCUUGCUGAGAUUCCGACGUCUUCGAAGCACCUUCAAUGCCGCUACUUCUGAGUGGUUUUGAAGGCGAUAAUAAUGAUGAGCAAAAUGAUUCCACACACAAGCCCGAUGACAUUAAGGAUCUUGGCUGUCCUCGAUGCAUCCUGAGCUAUGGCGGAUUCUCCUGCAGAAUUUGCACUUUGUGCCUUUAAAAAACAAUAAUCAAUGUUUUAAAAAAGAUUUUCAAAAAGCAGUUUGUAUUGUUAUUGAUUUUAAGGCAUCUUUUAAAAAUGUAAAGCAGCAACAGAAGAAAAAUUAAGUUUGGUAUUUAGGAAAGGUCACCUACCCUACAAGAGCAGACGAUUGCAGCAAUCCCUAUUGGCAGACAACAGCACAAAGUGUUGAAGAUGGACCAUACCAGGUAGGAUGGAGCCACUGUAUGGCUCCCGCCUGCUUCCAUAUUUUCUGUGUCUGUCUUGAAGUAGAUAGAAGUUCUACUUCAUCAGCCUGUGUCUGGAUUGAAUGGUUGGAGGGGGGUUGCAGCCCAUUCUGCUUUAUCCUUCAUGGGUGUGGUUUAAAGGGGCUGAGCGUGGUUUAAAGGGUGUGGUUUAAAGGACUAAUGGCUUCCCCACACUGAAAAAAUAUUUAUGCUUUUGGUUGUGUCUCCUCCUGAUAGGUUUUAUUGGGUAGAGUGGAUUUAAUGUAUGUGGGGUGACUUCAAAUUCUAAGAUUACACACAAACUGCUCUGAGGAGCCAGAAGAGCCUCAUGGCUGUCAUGCUCGGAUCAUUUGGAUGAAUAUUAGCAACAGCUUUUAGUCAUUAGAUUCACUUUAGUUAGUUGGCUAGAUAAUUCCAUUAUUCCAUUACGUCAUGCACAUUCCAGUGUGCAGCCCAUAUGGACUUUUACGUCUUUACUUAACUCUACUUCUUACAUGCAAACCAGACACUUGACUGAAAGAAGUAGAUUCACAAACUUCAAAUUAGCUUAAUCUUCUUUCGAACCUACAUUACAUAACAAAAGAUUCUCUUUAUUCCAUGGAGACUUAAAAACCAGCAUGCUUCUCUUCACAAUGGGAAUGUACCAGAUGAUAACUGUACAAAUCGAGACCCGUACAUUGUAGUUGUUUUCCCGGGACAUCACAUGUUUGUGAUUUAGGGAUGACUUUGCAUUUUUCUAUUAGUCUCUACUCGUAGGCACCAUUCAUUCAAAACAUAAAGCUUCUUAUAACGAUCCUUUUCAUGGUCUUGAAUCAUCAUCUCAUCUUCAAAAUGCAUUCUGGUUGCUACAGCAAAGCAGGAGAUGAUUUUCUCACUGCCAAACAAACUAGAUUCACAGGACUCUCCACAACAGUCAAAGAUAAUUUGAUGCAUAAGCCAGCUUGCAAAAUGAACGAGUGAGUGCAUUGAAACAGGCACGUCCUGCGCUCCGUACAGCAGCCUUCGCCUUGGUGAGCACAGAUGAUCGACUGUGCACCUGAUGCGACUGCUUCAUGCCAGUGGAAACUUAGCUGUAGCGCAGGUAAAUUAGAAAUGAAAGCCAAAGUUUUCAUCUGAACCAACCUCAGAACGGAAGCCACAGUGUGAAACGGUACUGAGCCACCACCUCCUCCCAAAGUCGCAGGCAUAGUGACUAUGCUGCACGCACCCUCAUGAUUGAAAGAGAGCAAGGGAAACU